AUGAGGGCCGUGCUUUCCAUCCUUGGACUGCUCAUCUUGUUGUCCAUAGUUCCUCGGGCCAGAGGUGCUCUUCACAUUAGUGAAUGUCUUGGGCUGUACCACACCUGCAGACUGAAGUGCAGCAGUGACGAGAGCUCAGCCAGGUACUGCGAGGACUGGACCAUCUGCUGCAGGCUGAAGAAAUCCAAGAGAGAGGAAUACAGGAUCAGAGGGAACGCAUUAACUUCAUGA